AGAGAGAGAGAGAGAGAGGAAGACUGAAAGAGGAGUCCUGACAAUGGCGAAGCCUAGCUUACCGACCACGUCGAAAGGGGUCAAUCCAGAGUUCUUCAAAAUUUACUUCCCGAAUCAAAGCUUUAAACAAAUGAUAAUCCCAUCUGCGUUUGUGAAGUACAUGGAUGAGAAGUUACAUCAGAAUUACACACUUGUGUCUCCUGAAAACUCUGCAUGGUCUGUAACUCUCAAGGAAGAGAACGGCAGCCUAUUCUUCCACGAAGGGUGGAACAACUUUGUUGAAGAAAAUUCCCUUGAAUUCGGAGAUAUCUUAAUUUUCACCUACCUUGGUGCUGAUCAAUUUAGUUUCAAAGUGUAUGGUAAACAUUGCUGCUUGAAAAAUGACACUUUAAUGAAUACGAUAAAUCUAAAGGACGAUGAGCCACAGAUGCAUCAAGGAUUUGCCAAAUCAUCAAGAGAGUACUUAGAAGUGAUUGAUGACGAUGAUGAGCCAAUUGAAAGUGAGAGUGAAAGUGAUUUCGAAAGUGAAAGUGAGAGUGAAAGAGAAUUCUCCAAACAUGGUAUCUGUCCUCAAAAGAUUAGAGAACGUCGACCACGAAAAUGCAAGAAUCCUGCACCCAAACUGCUGUCUUAUCCUACAGGUUGGAUUUAGUUGUUUUACGCGAUAGAAUCAUCUCAACUAAUUCUCUUGUAGUUUAGUGUUUAAUACAUCCACAUUUCCGCAUGAAUGUUUGAUCAUGACUGUCUCUUUUAGUUUCUCCACUAGAUCAAUGUAGCAAGAUGAUAUUAGGCUUUCCAAUCGCAGUCUGAAAUUAGAAGACAAUUAUUGUUGUUUAUUUUAAUUAGUGUGUUAAGAUAACUAUGUUAUAUCUUCUUUGUAAGUUUUAUAAUGUUAUUAAGAUUAUGUUUUAGUUCUAUAAAUAGGUCAAUGUUUCUUAGAUGUGCAAUUAUUUAAAGAAUUCAGAUUCCAC